CAUGUUGGAUUGUGGGUAUACUUCGUUUCGCGCCAUCUGAAAGGACGCGGUGGACGCCAUUGUGAAGUUGAGUAGUAAGCGGUUGAAUAAUGUCUGAUCUCAGAACAUCAAGCACACCACCUAAAACAAAAAUUUUUGUGGGUCGCUUGCCAGAUGAGGCUCAGGCCCAGGACUUGCGACGCCUGUUUGAGCAGUAUGGCAUUGUGACAGAAUGUGAUAUCCUAAAUCGCUAUGGAUUUGUGCACAUGAAAACAGAAGAGAUGGCCGUAAGGGCCAUCAAGGAGCUGAACAAUGCAGAAUUCAUGGGUGUGCAGAUCAGUGUGGAGCAAUCAACUGGGAAGAAGAGUGGUAGAGGUGGUGGUCGAGGAGGGUUUGGUCCCAUGCGAGGACGUGGUGGCAUGAGAGGAAUGGGACGUGCCCCUCCAUACAUGCGAGAUGGCAGAGGCGACUAUGACAGGAGGCCAGGCUUGCCUCCUCCACCUAGCAUGAGGAACGGCUACUAUGACAACUAUGAUCGGGGCUAUGACAGCUACUACCCAUCACGUGGUGGACCACUACCAGUCAUGUCUUCGCGUGACAGGGGCUUUGACGUGUUUGACAGGGAACCAGAGAGACGAUCAUACGCAGACAUGAUGCGCUCCCCGUAUGAGCGCAGAUCCUUCUCUGAUGUUGGUCGCAGUCCUUAUGAUCGCCCCUCAAUGCCACCAGUCCCCUCCUUUGAGCGUCGCACUGACUAUGGUGGUGCCCGUUUAUCCACAGAUAUCUAUCGCAGACGUACACCUCCACCAUCUUCAAGUUACGGAG